AUGGACCAGACCGCCGCAAAACGGACAUUACAAGAGCUUAUCAAGCGCGAGGACUUGAAUAAUCGUAGAUGCAUAGAUUGCGACAAUCCCAAUCCUCAAUGGGCUUCUGUCAGCUUUGCCAUUUUCAUCUGCCUACAAUGCGCAGGUCAACAUCGCGGAUACGGCGUGCAUAUUUCAUUCGUCCGCUCUGUUUCGAUGGAUACUUGGUCGGAAGACCAGAUCCGCAGAAUGAAGCUGGGCGGAAACAAGCCAUUUCGUGACUUUUUGCAGUCAUAUUCCCCAGCGGAGCAGGGCGGCUACACUCCCGACAUGUCAACACACGACAAGUAUCACUGCUGGGCAGCUACACAGUAUCGCGAGAAGUUGGACAGUAUGCUGCAAGACAAACCGUGGACUCCUUCGGCGCCGCCCGCUGACGCCGCCUCCCCACCCGGACGCCCAUCCUCCGCUCAAGGCCUUCGGAAAUCCCGCGCCGGUGCGCGCGGCAUGUCUGGCUUACGCACUGACUCGGCCUCUCCCGCUUCCUCUGCGCCCAAUUCGCCUCAUCCUGAGGGCCUCACUCAAAAGUCGCAGAACGAGGCGUAUUUCGAGCGGCUUGGCAAUGCAAACGCCUCGCGGCCUGAUCACCUCCCUCCAUCACAGGGCGGGAAGUACACUGGCUUUGGAAGCACACCAGCCCCAGAUAUGCAUCCAAGCUACGGUAUGAGCAGUCGUGCAGCGCCAACUCUCAGUGAGCUCCAGGAGAACCCUAUGGCGGCGCUUAGCAAGGGCUGGUCGCUCUUCAGCGGCGCAGUCGCCGGUGCGAGUAAGGUCAUCCAAGAGAACGUCAUCCAGCCCGGUAUGGAGCGCGUGCAGGAUCCAAAUUUUCAGAACACCGUGCGCGGAUAUGUCGGUCAGGCGCAGAGCACGAUCACGUCGGUCGGCACACAAGCCAACUCAUGGAGUAGGCAGCAGUUUGGUGUUGAUGUUGCGGGCCAGGCCCGUGGUAUGCUCGGCGGUCAUGAGCGUUCUGGGUACUCCAACGUCAGCCAGGGUGGCUACGGAGAGGAGACGACUGCUCUGUACCAUGACGAAGAGGACGACUUCUUCCGAGAGUUUCAAGGAGCGAACCAGGGUCCUGCGUCCUCGAGCUCUGCGGCGCCGACGAGCAAACCUGCAGCGUCUACGAACAAGGCGAAUGAUGGCUGGGAUGAUGACUGGAAGGAGUUCUGA